UGGAGUUUGUCCCUGCUCACAGGUUCAGUGUCAUGUCUCCUAUUUGCAAUGGACACAUCGAGGGUCUGCUUGAAUUUAAAGGCAUCUGGGAUUCCAGGGGCUCAGCGUGCAGCACCUCCAUCUCCUCCCCCAGAUGCCUGUCGGUGCCCGCGCUCCCAUAGGUGGGCCCUGAAACUCAGUUGUGCUGGGCUCCUCCUUCUUCUCUUGACCCUGAUUGGGAUGAGUGUUUUAGUGCGAGUCUUAAUACAGAAACCAUCAGUAGGAAGAUGCAGAGUGUAUAUUCAAGAGAACAUCACUAAUCCAACAGAGAGCCCAGCUAAGUUAAGCUGCACAAAAGGCUGGCUUCCACACCGAGAUAAAUGCAUACAUUUUUCUCAAGAGAGCAACAUUUGGAAGGAAGGUCUAGCUGACUGUGCUACAAAAGGAGCCACUUUACUGUUCAUUCAAGACCAAGAGGAACUGAGAUUCGUAAAGGACUCAGCAAAUGUAAAAGGCAGUGCAUUUUGGAUUGGACUGAAUCACACAUGGCCAGACAAGAACUGGAGGUGGAUAAACGGCUCAACUUUAAGUUCUGAUGUACUACAAAUCACUGGUGAAGCUGAAAAAGACAGCUGUGCCUCCAUCUCAAAAUACAGAGUGGUUUCUGAGGACUGUGCUUCAGAUAACAGGUGGAUCUGCCAAAAGGAACCAACACUCGUCCCUGAGACCCUGUGUCCUGACUCCUGACUGAGAAUCCCAUCUUCAUCACUUUACUGUCCACACCAGAUCUCUGCACUCGACCUGUCUGGGCCGUUGACCACCCCUCCCCUCAGUGCACAGUUAGUAGCACAAAGCAUGGACUCUACAGCCUCUGUGACUCCCACAGAUGCCCGUGUCCAGUUUCUUUAUUCUGUGAGGGGACAGAGAUGCUGAUAUGACAUUUGAGAGAAGUGUUCUGUGGAAAGAAAUCCAGACAGCUGAGGAGCACUGGAUUCUAUCCUGGAGUCUGUGACCCUCACUGUCUGUGUCAUCUGCAAACUGCACAGAAAACAAUUUGCAAAAUCAUUAUUAAAAUGCUCAUGAUUCAGGGACUGGUGGAUCCAUCUCUGUUUGCAGCACUGGGAAAGCUGAGCCAGGAGGAUCGUAAGUUCAAGUCCAGCCUGGAUGUGCUGAAUUAAAAGAUAAUGUCCUCCAUAGCCUUGGGCAUUUUAUCACUUGGCCCCCAGUUGUCAGCAGCAGCAUGAGGAGGGUUUGGGAAGGUUUAGGAGAACAACCCUGCUGGAAGAAGUUGUGUCACUGGAGGUACCCUGUAAGAGUAAACGCCUCACCCACUUGUCCUUUGCUCUGCUUCAAGCUUUCAGAUCAAGGUGUGAGCUCUUGGCUUUCUGAUCCAGCUCCAUGCAUUCUGCCUUCUUCCUGCCAUUAUGGACUCCAAUCCUCUGGAGCCAAAAGCCACAAUAAAGUCUUCCUUCUAUUAUA